GCGGGGCCGUCAGGCGGCUGCGUCACUCGGUGGUGGAGAUGGUGCGUGUGUGUGGGGGGCGGGGGAUACGCUGGGCGCGUCCCCGGGGUCACGUGGUGCGCAGCGCGCACAGUCCUUCUGUCGGUUGGUCUGGAGCGGCGCAGCAGGAGCGGGGCCGUGAGGAGAAUAAAAGCAGCCCCGUUGAUGACUGAAAAUGACCAAGCACCCACCUAACAGACGAGGAAUCAGCUUUGAAGUGGGAGCCCAGUUGGAAGCUCGGGACCGUUUAAAAAACUGGUAUCCGGCUCAUAUUGAAGAUAUUGACUACGAAGAAGGGAGAGUUCUCAUCCAUUUCAAGCGCUGGAACCAUCGUUACGAUGAGUGGUUUUGCUGGGACAGUCCUUAUCUACGCCCUUUAGAGAAGAUACAGCUGAGGAAAGAGGGUUUGCAUGAAGAGGAUGGGUCUUCUGAAUUUCAAAUAAACCAGCAAGUGCUUGCUUGCUGGUCUGACUGUCGGUUUUACCCAGCCAGAGUCACUGCUGUGAACAAGGAUGGUACUUACACUGUGAAAUUUUAUGAUGGAGUAGUUCAAACUGUCAAACAUAUUCAUGUCAAAAAGGACCUUGUGAAGAAUCCACAAGAGAACCUGAAGGAGCCAAAAAGAAAACGAGGCAGACCCCCUUCCAUAACUCCUACUGCUGUGGAUUCAAACUCUAAAACUUUGCAACCAAUAACAUUGGAAUUGAGAAGACGGAAAAUAUCAAAACGAAGUGAUACCCCAUUAAAACGUCCUCGACUUGACAAAAAUUCAUCCCAGGAACAGUCCAAAAAACGCUCUGAAAAUAGUGACAAAGACUUAUCCAGGAGACGGUCCUCCAGGCUGUCCACUAAUGGGACCCGUGAGGUCCUAGAUCCUGACUCGAUUGCACCUGAUCUGGUUUGUACGGUUGAUACAAACCCUCUACCGGACAAGUCUCCCAGUGCCAAGGAAUCUGCUGAAGGUCAGUUGAAGUCUCCAUUGGAAGCUGGCCAUGUCUCUUCUGCAUUAACUUGCCACCCCAUUGGGGAUGGCCUGGGGACUGCAGACGUGGAGUUGAACUGUAAGUCAAUGGGAGAAAACACGAUGAAAACAGAACCCGUGUCUCCUCUUGCUGAGGUGCAGGAAGUUUCGACUGUUGAAGUUCCAAAUACUUUGAAGAAAACGGAUGACUUUGUGACAUUGAAUGUGCCAGCUGUGGACCUAGACCACAAGUUUCGAUGCAAGGUUGUGGACUGUUUGAAAUUUUUCCGCAAGGCUAAAUUGCUGCACUAUCAUAUGAAGUAUUUCCAUGGGAUGGAGAAAUCGCCGGAGCCAGAGGAGGGCCCAGGGAAGGCGCAUGUACAGACUCGGGGCUCCACAGUGCCUGAUAAGGCCAGCCAGGAGAACCUAACCAGAAAGCGGGUCUCUGCCAGCUCCCCAACUGCAAAAGAGAAGGAAAAGAAUAAAGAGAAGAAAUUCAAAGAACUUGUGAGAGUGAAGCCAAAGAAGAAAAAGAAAAAGAAAAAGAAAACCAAGCCUGAAUGUCCCUGCAGUGAGGACAUCAGUGACACUUCCCAGGAACCUUCGCCACCCAAAACAUUUGCUGUCACCAGGUGUGGGUCCUCACACAAGCCUGGGGUCCAUAUGAGCCCGCAGCUCCAUGGUUCAGAUAAUGGAAACCACAAAGGGAAAUUGAAAGCAUGUGAGGAGGAUAAUUUGAGCGAGUCCUCUUCUGAGAGCUUUCUUUGGAGUGAUGAGGAGUAUGGUCAGGAUGUUGAUGUGACCACCAACCCAGACGAGGAGCUUGAAGGUGACGACCGCUAUGAUUUUGAGGUGGUCCGCUGCAUCUGUGAAGUACAGGAGGAAAACGACUUCAUGAUUCAGUGUGAAGAGUGCCAGUGCUGGCAGCAUGGGGUCUGCAUGGGAUUACUGGAAGAAAAUGUGCCCGAGAAAUACACCUGCUAUGUUUGCCAAGACCCUCCAGGUCAGAGACCUGGCUUCAAGUACUGGUAUGACAAGGAGUGGCUGAGCCGGGGACAUAUGCAUGGACUGGCAUUUCUGGAACAGAACUACUCCCAUCAGAAUGCCAGGAAGAUUGUGGCUACACACCAGCUGCUUGGGGACGUUCAAAGAGUGAUCCAAGUGCUGCACGGCCUACAGCUCAAGAUGAGCAUCUUGCAAAGCAGGGAGCAUCCUGAUCUGCAGCUGUGGUGCCAGCCCUGGAAACAGCACUCAGGGGAUGGGAGAGCACAUUCCAGACACAUCCACAUCACAGACACGAGGAGUGAGGAGUCUCCGAGCUAUAGAACUUUGAAUGGGGCGGUGGAGAAGCCAUCGCCCCUGCCCCGGUCUGUGGAGGAGUCCUAUAUCACCAGUGAGCAUUGCUACCAGAAACCUCGCGCCUAUUACCCUGCUGUGGAGCAGAAGCUGGUUGUGGAGACGAGAGGCUCUGCCCUUGAUGCUGCAGUCAGCCCCCUGUGUGAGAACGGUGACGACCCCCUCUCCCCUCGCCUAGGCUGGCCCAUCGACCAAGACAGGAGCAGAGGAGACAUUGAUCCCAAACCCAGCUCCCCGAAGGUGAGGGAAUACAUUUCCAAGAAGGUCUUGCCAGAAGAACCCCCUGCGCAGAAACUGCUGGACAGAGGUGGAGAAGGGCUGGUGAGCUCGCAGCACCAGUGGCAGUUCAACCUGCUGACACAUGUGGAAUCUCUUCAGGAUGAAGUAACGCAUCGGAUGGAUUCCAUUGAGAAGGAGCUGGACGUGCUGGAGAGCUGGCUGGACUACACUGGGGAACUGGAGCCCCCAGAGCCGCUGGCCAGGCUU